AUGACGUCGUCCCUUACUAUAAAAGCCUUAAUGGAGAGAGUGCACCAACAUAUCCGGGUAGAAAAAGACAACGCUCAUGCCAAGGGUAAGUCCUGCACAACAACGAUGUCAGAAAAAAAGCCCCCAACAAAAGUUAACGUAGUCGAGAGGAAGGAUAGACCAUGUAGAAAUAAUCGCGGUGAAGACCCCAAAGCAAGGAGGCUAAGGGUCUGCACCGCCAUCACAACGGCGUUCAAGAAACCUAUCUACCGAAUAUUAAGUGAGAUCCACGAUGAACCCUUCGUUCGACGGCUGGUCAAGUUGGGUGAAGUGCAAAGGGGCUAUGACGAAAUAUAUAGAUGCACCUUCCAUGACGAAGUUGGGCUCCAAACUGAAGAUUGCACGUCUCUGAGGCAACAUUUGAAAGAAUUGGUGGCAACAGGCCACCUAGAUCAGUACAUUGAAGGGGGAGCUCAACCUGCUUUUCAAGAUGGCAAUGUGGCAGAUGGGAUGCCGGCAAAUGGCCCGCCUCAAGGCGUGAUAAAUCUAAUUCAUAGGAUCAUUGAACUUAAGUGA